AUGGAAAAAACAAAGGCAGUGCACCUUAAAUCCACCCUCUCGCCGUUCUCGGCCGCCAUCGAGUCCCCCCUCCGCCACGCCCACCAAAUCACCCCCAAUUCUUCCUUCAUCCUCAUGCCCUCCUGGUCCACCUCGUGUCUCCUCCCUUACAUCGGCACCAAGCUCGUCACUCACAACCCUAAAAACUCCACCCAAAACUUGCCCGCAUAUCUAUCGAGAGAGGACGCCGAGAUUCUUGUCAUGGUCGGUGCCGGAUCCACAGCUCCUCACUUAAUCAAGGCUCAUUUAAGUCUGUCUCGACGUCGUGAGAUGUUCAAGCAUUUAAGGAAAAAAUUUGGAAGGAAAAAAUUUGGAAGAAACAUUGAUGAUUAA